UUGGUAGCUGUAGUCACAAUGCUGGGGACAAAACACAGCAGUACACCCUACCAGCACAGUGGUAGCAAACACCACAGCAGCAGACACUCCAACCCCGUCUUCUCCUACUAUACUUCAGACAAGAUGCUUCACUUCCACCGCUGGUCCUCACCUCCUGGCGUGAUGAAGAUCCUAUGCAUCAUCAUCAUCAUCAUGUGUGUCGCUGUGUUUGCCUGUGUAGCCUCCACAUUGGCCUGGGAUUAUGACAUGAGCCUGAUGGGGAUGGGAGGUGGUGUUGGACUGCUAGGAUUCGGUGGCACGUACGGUGGAACAUAUGGCAGUGGCUAUGGAAGUGGUUAUGGUGGGGGCUAUGGCACAGGCUAUGGCUCUGGGUAUGAUUCAGGUUAUGGUGGUGCAUAUGGAGGUGGCUCCUAUGGGUACGGAGAAACACAGAUGGAUCCCAAAGCAGGCAAAGUCUUCAUUAUUGCCAUUUCUGGCAUCACAUUUAUUGCCGUCCUCAUCAUUUUUGUGUUGGUAGUGUCAAGACAAAAUGCUGCUCGAUCAUCAAAGUUUUAUCUGGCAACCACCAUCAUCUGUGCCAUCUUGGCAUUUCUCAUGAUCAUCACCACCAUUGUGUAUCUGGUGUCAGUGAAUCCAACAGCUCAAUCCACAGGUUCAGUUUACUACAGCCAGAUCCGCCAACUGUGUGCCCAGUACCAGACACAGACGCAGGCCCAAGGCAUCUUCAUCAACCAGUAUCUGUACCACUACUGUGUGGUUGAGCCACAGGAGGCUAUAGCCAUUGUCCUUGGCUUUCUGGUUUUCAUUGGUCUCAUCAUCUUGCUCGUGUUUGCUGUCAAGACUCGAUCCAAGAUACGUCACUGGGGCAAGGAGCGAAUUCUGUGGGAAGAAGUGAAAGUGGUCACAGAUGGUCUGAACAACAGUGUCGGAGAAUGGGUGAACAAUGUGACUGGUGAUGCUGAGGUUCCUCUGAACACUGCUAAUGACAAAGCUUGGGGUUCCAGGGAGUAUCUGGAACAAGUGGACAACAACAAGCCUCUCUACCUGCCAGGGAUGCUAUGAGUUAAUACAUCAAGCUCAAGAACUUCAAAAAGUCUCCCAGUUAUCAGAUAAAGAAGAAGAGGUGCACGUACCUGAAAUCCAAACUGUCACACAUCAAGAGGAAGAUCAGCAAGUACAACCGCAGACCCUGAAUCCUCAUCUAAAUCUGUGAUUGUUUUCCUCACUUCCAAUGGUGGACCUGAUCAUAGGCAUUUAAACAAACUUAACAGCGUGUGAUGGUGACAAUGAACAGCUCUUCAGCUUAAAUAUCACAUCUGUGUCAGGGCCAAGAAUUAAGCUUUGUCAGAGAUGAGCAGGUAAAGGAAACAUUCAUAAACUGUAGUUUUAAAAACAUAUUUAUGUCACCAUCAUUGAUCAAGUUUUUAACAGAUAUAUUGUUAUAAACGUAUGAACAUAUUUUUUUAUCACUGUUGAAUUUACGGAGGGGAUGUGAUGUGAAAUAUUUUGCUUCAGUGCAAAUGAAGCUGUUUUUAAUUAUAUUACAUUUUAAGAAUCAGUGAAGGAGCAGCUAAGUUGUAUUAGAUAGUGUGACAAAAAAGUAACUGAGCAUUCUAUGUGAAUAUUGUUUAUAUUAUCAAUUUAAACAGUUUUAAUCUUGGCAAAGUUUGUUUGUUUUUAUUUUUUUUUUCUUGUGUAUGUAAGCAUGAUUAAUGACAGCUCCUUAUCCUCAUAGUAUCAUUUUUAAACUGUCACGUCACUUUUUUCUAUGUAACUCAAAGCCAA